AUGUCUUUCGAGCAAGACCGUCGGAGCAUUUACGAACGUCGCCGGAACAUACUUUACCUGGUGGCGAACUACUUAUCAUCCAUGGGUCUUCAUCAGACGCGCCAGGCUCUGAUCGACGAGACGCAUUUAACAAGCGAAUACGAAGUUUGCGAUAACAUCGAUCUUGACACGAUGUACCAAGACUUCUGCAGUUACUUUCUGCUCAAGUUCGGCAAGCAGCCACGCAUCGUGAAGCGCACCGAAUCGGUCGGACCAAUGCCAACGGUACACCGGAAGCUGUCCGGAGCGCGACGCAAACCACCUCCACCGGCACUGAAGCCAGAUUCGCUCACCAGUGCCGGUGAUGAACUGCAGGCACUGCGCAUAACACCCGGUAAUCUGCCGGGCAAUCCAACCGAUCACACCGAGGGCCCUACCCCGGUCGUACCGUACGCAAAUCCGAAGCUGUUGGUACGCCUGCAGGACCAUUUCACCAGCGAAUGGAAGGAUCUUGCGGAGGAGGUCUGUAGGGAUUUAAUCCGCAAGGACCUACGCCAACGCUGGUCGAACAUUAAGGGGCUCGCGGGUCCGAUCAAGGUGCUGAAGGAGAGUGUCAUCGCUCCGCUCGAGCAUCCAGAACUGUUCGUGGGGUUAGCGCAACCCUGGCGCUGCGUGCUGUUGCACGGUGCACCGGGAACGGGCAAAACCCUGCUGGCACGCACCCUGUGCUCGGAGACGCGGGAAUCGGUGACCUUCUUCAGCACCACGGCCAGCACGCUGAUAUCCAAGUGGCGCGGCGAAUCGGAAAAGCUAAUCCGGAUACUGUACGAAGUGGCCAAGUUUUACGCACCUUCGAUCAUCUUUGUCGAUGAGUUCGACAGUUUGGCAUCGCGGCGUGAUACAAUCCGCGAGCACGAAGCAUCAAAGCGUUUCAAGAACGAGUUCCUUUCGCUUAUCGAUGGGUUGGAAAGUGCAGCAGCCAACGAGCCGACACCCGCAGAUGGACGGGACCGGGUAUUCCUGUUGGCGAGCACCAACCUACCCUGGGAACUCGAUCCUGCCUUCUUGCGUCGGUUUGAGCGCAAAAUUCUUGUCGAUUUACCCACACCCGAUGGGCGGAAGGAAUUGAUCGAACAUCUGCUGCCCACGGUGACCGCAUGGCCGGAGCAGGAGAUUCAGCAAAUUGUCACCCUGUCCGAGGGCUGGACGGGAGAUGAGGUACGACUCGCCUGCAAGGAAGCAUCGAUGAUGCUGCUGAGAAAUAAGAUCACCGAUCGUCGGACGGUUUCGGGCCGAGCUGAACACGACGAGCUUCAGUUUCCGAUGUUACGCAAAGCUUUCGAACAGCUGCGUCCCGGAUGCGUGGAGCUGGCACAGAAGCAUCGUGACUGGAAUCAACGGUACGGAACACAGUUGGUCGACUGA